CCGAGGCCGGCCGGUGACCCGGCCCAGUCCCGCAUCCUGAGCCUCCUGGAAUCGCCCCGACUAGCUGGGAGCGGAGGAUGGGCAGGGGGAAGGUCGUCUCGGGGACCCAGGAUGCCCUCGUCGCGCUACAAAGGAGGAGACUGAGGCCAGCAUCUGGAGCCGGGUCUCUUCCUUCCCUGCCUGGAGCCUCCUUCCCGAAGGGCCCCAGGGUGCCGCGGCCCUCCGAGCUCCCGGGCCAAUGAGGAGGGCUGAGCCGGCGCUGCGGCGGCGCGGCUCUUCGGAAGCUUACGGCCGAUCCCCGCCCCCGCCCCCUGCGGCCGGCCCCCGCCCCCUGCGGCGCAGCAGAGGCCUGGGCGGGCGGCUGCGGGCGGGAUGUGUCCGGGGCUGCUGCUAGGCCGGCGGCGGCCGCCGCUGCUACAAUUGCAGCUUCUGCCGGGGCUGCUGCACCUGCCGCCUGCACGGGGGCGGGCGGGCCCAGGAUCCCGGGCGCCGUCCUGGACGCCGCGGCUGCGGGCGGCCGCCCGCGCGCUGGCCAGCGGCCCCGGCCGCCUGCGAGGCGAGAUCGACCGCUUCGGGGGCGUCACGGUGCGCUUGGAUCAGCUCCGGCCCGAGGACCGCGUGGACCCGGCCGCCUUCCGGACGUGGCUCCAGGCCUCAAUCAAGCAAUGGCAAGCGGAGGGCAGAGUAGCCAUCUGGCUGCACGUGCCCAUCUUCCAGAGCCAGUUUAUAGGCCCGGCGGCUUCCCUGGGCCUUCGCUUUCACCACGCAGAGUCUGACGCCUCCUUGAUGACCCUGUGGCUUGGGGAAGGGCCCAGCCGCUUGCCCGGCUAUGCCACCCAUCAAGUAGGAGUCGCAGGUGCUGUAUUUGAUGAAGACACUGGAAAAGUACUUGUUGUCCAAGAUCGAAAUAAAAUGAAAAAUGCAUGGAAGUUUCCAGGAGGUUUGUCAGAGCCUGGAGAGGAUAUUGGAGACACGGCUGUUCGGGAGGUUUUGGAGGAGACUGGCAUCAAGUCGGAAUUCAGAGCCCUCCUGAGUAUCAGGCAGCAACACGGGGCCCCAAACGCGUUCGGGAAGUCUGACAUGUACAUCAUCUGCCGUCUGAAGCCGCUUUCCUUCCACAUCAGCUUCUGUCCCCACGAGUGCCUGAAGUGUGAGUGGAUGAAGCUCACGGACCUCGCGAAAGCAGACGACACAACUCCCAUCACCCGCAGAGUCGCUAAUUUGCUGCUCUAUGGGCACAGGGAAGGGUUUGAGAAGAUCGACCUCACCAUGCGGGAACUCCCCUCUGUCCACAGAGGCCUGUCCUAUCAACUCUAUCACAGACAGUUGCCAGAGCUCUAUGAAAAUAGGGCUAAAAUGCACUAAAAAUUCACAUUUACGUCCUUUAAUAAUUUAAAAGUUUAUGGGGUCAGAUGAAUGAAUAAUAGACUUUGGGAGUGAUCUUUGGGCCUUUCUUUUCUAGUUGUUUCUUUAAGGAUAAAUGUGUUUGAAAAUGUGCACCUCUUUAAAAGUUUCUUUUACAAAGGCAGCCAGAGUAAAGAAAAGGGGGUGCUUCCUUCCCAGGAGGGAUUACAAUGGACGCAUCGGUCAUGGAGGUGGUCUCCAGGGUUGUGGUUGUUGUGAUUGUACCAUGUUGACACAAUGAUUUAACUCAUCCCUGGGAAAUAAAGGAUUACAGUUUGGCCAGA